AUGCCCUCCUCCCCAGUAUUGAAAUCGCCAUUAUCCAAAUCAUUAAGAAUUGCACUAUUGCAAUUGAAGGCCGGUGCCGACAAGUCAGCAAACUUGGCCAAAGUCACCAAGUACAUUGAGGAAGCCACUUCGAAAACACCCAAAGUUGAUCUUGUCAUGUUACCAGAAUGCUUCAACUCGCCUUACGCAGUAGACCAGUUUAGAAACUAUGCUGAAAAUAUCCCCGAGGGUGAAACGACGAAAUUGCUCUCCUCGUUAGCCAAGAAACAUGGGAUUUUCAUCAUUGGUGGAUCAAUUCCAGAGUUAUCAUCGUCGGAUAAGAUCUACAAUACAUCAUUGACAUUUUCACCUCAAGGGGAGAUUAUAGCCAAGCACCGUAAGGCGCAUUUGUUUGAUAUCGAUAUUCCAAAUGGAAUCACCUUUCAAGAAUCAUUGACAUUGACCGGUGGUGAUAAAGCCACAGUUUUCAAAUUGGGUGAUUAUGGAAAUGUGGGGCUCGGAAUUUGCUACGAUAUUCGUUUCCCUGAAUUGGCCUCGAUUGCAUCACGUAGCCCAUACAGCUCAUUUGCCAUGUUUUAUCCAGGGGCUUUCAACACCACUACUGGUCCUCGACACUGGCAUUUGUUGGCUAGGGCAAGAGCUGUGGAUAAUGAACUAUAUACCGUGUUGUGCUCUCCAGCUAGAGAUGUUGAAGGAGGCGGAUACCAAGCCUAUGGACAUUCGUUGGUCGUUGACCCCUCUGGUAACAUUAUUGCCGAGGCCGGAGAAGGCGAAGAGAUUUUAUACGCUGAAUUGGAUAAGGAUGUUUUAACAGCAGCUAGAACCAAUAUUCCGGUACAUUAUCAAAGACGAUUUGAUAUUUAUGGAGAUUUCGUCAAUGAUGAAUCCACCAAAGUCAGUGACAAAUAG